AUGCACCAGGUUCAUGUGGCUUUCCCGGUCAAGACAUACCAGAAGGUGACUUUCCAGAGAAUCAUCUUGGAGACACUGCCUUUGCGAACAACGACCUACCCGACAAUGAUUAUCUGGACGAUGACCUUCCAGGGGAUCACUUUUUUCAAAAGGUGGCCAUGCCAAGAACCUACCACAGUAGUAAUCUGGACGAUGACCCUUCAGAGGAUCAACUUACGGAGGGCGACUUUCCAGACAGACAUCUGGCAGACACUAACCUCGUGGGGCACACAAUGA